AUGGAUUUGGCCUUCGUGUCGGGGGCUGUGCAACAGCACCAAGGCACUGCAUCCGGGAGCUUGAGACCUGCAACUCGCCUGGAGCGGCCCAAGGUGCCCAGCCAGUCCUUUUCAGGCCAGACACCUCCGAGCCAGCCAGAGCCUUCCUUCAGAGGCCGACUCCUUCUUGGCCUUUCCGCUGCAGCUCUGUUGGCGAGGAAGGGCUUGAGGCGUGUGCGACGACGUCAAGGUGCUCAGGUGAACACCCUGGAACUAAGCCCGGAGGGACUAGGCUGGAAAGUGGAGGACAACGGCGAAUUGAAAGAGCGAGUCGAGAAAGCCCUUGAGCGGGGAGGGCUCCAGGGAACGGCGCUGCGACAGAACAAGCAGUGGCCAAGCAAGGGGGAGGUGCUGAGGGCCAUCCCAAAGGAUUGCAUGGUCAAGGAGACUGGACGGUCAUUGGCACAUGCCGCGGUUUCAACUUUGCAGGUGCUAUUUUGUGGCUAUCUCGCUUGGAAGUACAUCCCAAUGACCGCAGCCUUUGCCCCCGUGUGGCUGCUCUACGCGGUGGUGCAGGGCACACUGGCCACCGGACCCUGGGUCAUCGGUCAUGAGUGUGGCCACAACGCAUUUUGUAACGAGCAGUGGCUGCAGACUCUGGUCGGAUAUGUGUUGCACUCGGCCUUGAUGGUGCCUUACUUCUCCUGGCAGCGAUCUCACGCCGUCCACCACUCGAAGACAAACCACAUGACGGAAGGUGAGACGCACGUCCCAAGGUUGCAGAAGGGUUCCGCCAACAAGUACCAGAAUCUGGCUAAGUGGUUUGGUCAGAGUUCAGUCGCAGCGACCCGGAUGAUCACACACCUCGUGCUCGGUUGGCCUGCGUACAUUCUUGGUGGUGCCACCGGAGGUCCAGCGUAUGGCACCACGAACCACAUGUGGCCUUUCGCGCCCUUCCGAAACGGGAGGAAGGAGCUGUUCCCCAAAGCAUGGAAGUCGAAGGUGUUGCAAUCGGAUGUGGGAAUCGUCGCAAUGGCCGGAAUCCUGAUGUGGUGGGCAAAGACCAGUGGAUUUAUGCCGGUCUUCGCUCUCUAUCUUGCUCCUUUGAUGGUGACUAACUGCUGGCUGGUGCUUUACACCUGGCUCCAGCACACCGAUGUUGACAUUCCCCACUUUGACGAGGAGAAUUGGACAUGGGUGAAGGGUGCGUUCCACACUGUCGACCGGCCUUACGGUCCCGUGCUGGACUACGUCCACCACAGGAUCGGCUCUACACACGUGGCCCACCACGUUUGCUCGGCCAUCCCAUUCUACAAGGCGAGGAAGGCGACGGAAGCUCUUAAGGAGAAGUUCCCCGAUCUGUACUUGUACGACCCCACUCCGAUCCACAAGGCGCUGUGGCGCGUGUCCUCUCGCUGCACUGCUGUGCAGAAGGCGGAAGGAAACGACGGCAUGUACAUCUUCACCUGA